CACACACUGUACAGAAGAAGCCACACAUUUCUGAGUACACGAAGGAUUACGCUCUUAACAACAGAGGUGUUAGCUGACAUGCACUUGCUUUUGGGUUCAUAGUUCGCGCGAAUUACAAAGAUUUUGCGAGCCCGUAAAUGUUGAUCAAAAUAAUGAGGGGCUUUUGAGGGCAGAGGGUGUAUAGUAAGUGUGUUUUGAUUAUAAUGUUGGAGAAGCGCUCUAGUUUAGCAGGAAGAUUCAUAUAUCGGACGUUUUCAGUAAGAAUUGCGUUAGAUGUAUUGCAGACGCCUGUAUAACGCCGCAUUUCAACCAGUUCUUCAGUACUUUGGCCGCUCCAGAAUAAAACUAAUUUGCAGGCGAACAUCCACAUACUGCUACAAUAGUUUCCUGUUGAACAUCUACGAGCAGCAAAAGCUCAACCACGAUGUUUACAGUUCCUGAAGAAUACAAAGGUCAUCUGCCGUCUGCAACUGCUGCUUUUUAUCAGACAUCACCCCAGAGAAUGUGUGAACGACUUAAAAUGCAAGGAGACUAUCUUGUGUGGAUGGAUAUGGAGAUGACUGGCUUAGAUCCAAUUAAAGAUCACAUUCUAGAAGUCAGCUGUAUUGUAACAAAUGCUGAUCUGAAUGUUGUGCAAGAAGGACCUAAUUUGAUUAUACACCAACCUGACGAGAUACUGGGCAAUAUGAAUGAGUGGUGCAUUAAAAAUCAUGGAAAGACAGGUCUUACUGAGGCUUCUAGGAAGAGCACUAUUACGAUUCAAGAUGCACAAAACUCAUUGUUGAGCUUUUUGAAGGAAAAUGUGCCCCAAGGGAAAUGCCCAGUUGCAGGCAAUACUAUUUAUAUGGAUCGUUUAUUCCUUCAAUAUCAUAUGCCAGAAGUGAAUAACUAUCUACACUACAGAAAUGUGGAUGUUUCAUCACUUAAAGAGCUAUGCAGACGUUGGUAUCCUAAUGAAUUCAGGGCAAUGCCAAAGAAGCAGUUGAAGCACAGAGCACUGGACGACAUACGAGAAAGCAUUGAAGAGCUGAAGUACUAUAGAGACACUAUUUUUAAAAAAUAAACUUCAUACUACAGAAAUGUUGUAUUAAAAAAAAAAAACCAUUCACUUCCACCUUACAAAGAAUUGCUUUAUCUAUAAAUU